AUGGCUGGCAAGAAGAGCAAGAGCAAGAAGAGCGUUGCAAAGGUCAACGGGACGGCUUCACGUCCUGCGGCCCCUGCGGCCCCUGUGGCGUCUGAAGCGGCUGAGCCCCGAGAGAUCUCAGCUCCGGCGGAGCCAGCUGAGUGGUCUGAGCCGGCCAAGCCCGUGACGACCGAGCCCCCAGCUGAGCCCGUGGAGCGGCCUGAGGCGCCCAAAUCGCCCAAAGCGCUUUUGCCCGACCCAGCUUGGCACAAGAGCUCAGGGACUGCGAGGCCUUUCAGGCAGCAGUUGAAGGACAAGAAGUUCCGUGGCUUCAUUUGCGGAGUUGAUGCUGCCAGUUUGGAUGACUGUGCAGCUGAGCUCAUCCCGGAUGAGGUCAAGGAGCCCAAGAAACAGGCCUUAAGCAAGUGGCUGGGCUGCCAGGAGAAUGACUUGAACUUCCGGAAGUUGGAUGGCCUGGAGCUCUACUUCAGCGCAAGUGCCAAGCGCAAUGCAGCUGCAAGCUGGCGAGUCAGAUUGCUUGGGCUUGUGGGGCGCAGAAGAACUUCAUCGCGGUGGGGAAGCUGGCGAUUGUCACGGAGAGCAGCGCCAAGCCCGGGGUUUUUUGGCAAGAUGAGGGAUGCGCGAGUCUUUGAAAGCCUCGAGCAAAAGAUGAAGAAGAUGGACUCAGAAGCCUUCGAGAGCUGCUAUGCCGAAAACAAAAACAGGAUCGAUGCGCAGAACGAGUUCGGCAGCCUCUUCUACGUGCCCAUUCCUCGUGACCCCGGGCCCGAGCUACAACCAGAGGAGAUCUCAGCUGCAUCCCGCGGAUAUGCAGAGCUCAUCCAGCGCUGCAAGACGCUCUUUGAGGAGCGAGGUGCCAAGAAGGAGGUCUUCGAAGAGCCUGAGAGCGACGAGGAGGAGAAUGCUGAUGGGAACAAUGAGGAAGACGAUGCCUUGCGCCAGGACACUGGCGUCGUGAACGAGAAGCAAGACCACCAAAAUCCACUUCUGAAUGCCUUCAAGCGUCAUAGCUUCAAUCUGGUGUACUUCUUGGAAGCCAUCAACGUGAUCCUGGUUGACCAAGCCUGCCAGACAAACGCCCAGAAGAGAAGGGGCGUCAACGUGGCAGUGGCGCGGUACAUCUACCACAAGUUCGGGGCACCCCACUUGGAGAAGAUAGUCUCCAACCUUCGGGGCGACGUCCUCGUGUUCAAGGCAAGCCAGUGGGGUUCUGAGGAGGCCUGCAGGGCAGCUCCGUUUCCUCAAGAUGACAGCUUGCGCUUUCUGCAGAACAUUGAGGCGAAGCUUCCUGAGAAGCAGGAGGAAGACCUGCAGUUCUUGUUUGACAGGGCCGACUUGGCCUCAGUGAUGGCCAGCUGUGUCAUCUUCUUGAAGCAAAGGAACAAGGCCUCCAGCAAAGACUUCAAAGGGCACAUCGCGGAUCUCGAGAGAAAGGCGCAGCCCGAACUGGAGGAACAGGCUUCGGGCCUCUGA